AUGAGGCUCCAGAGACUCGCCCUGUUCUCCUUCCUCCUGGCUGCUCACGUGCUUUUGGCGGAAGGCAAAAAGGAAAAAGACCGGAAGAAGGCGCACAGCCCGGGGCACAGAGGGCAGUCGCGCAUGCGCCCGGCGGGGGGCCGCUUCCAGACCCCAGACCAAGCGGCGUGUACGUGGGCGGCGGCGGAGCAGGGCGCAGGCGCCACGCUCAAGGUUGCGUGCACCAGACAGGAAAAGCAAUUCAGCUGUUUCUUUGCGGGCAAUCCGCACUCGUGCCCAGAGUUUGCAAGCAAAAAGAGAGUCUACUGGCGACAAAUCGGCCGGGACCUAGUGCGGCAGACGAACAUCUGUGAGGACUCCAAGACCGUCCUGAAAACCAAGCUGUGCAGAAAGAAGUUUCCAGAAGCCCAUCUGAAGAUGGUGAACUCCACUCUGAUCAAAAAUAAACACUCCCCAGGGAAGUCCGGACAGUCACCUGUGGUCACAGAGGCCAAGAAGCUAACCACCACCACCCCCCCAAAGCCAACUUUGGUCAAGGCGACCGCCCCAGCAGGAGCCCGACAGCAGAACACGGGCAUCAGUGGUCCCGAGUGUGAGCAAGACCCCGACCUCCAGUACCAGAGGAAAUUGGCUGAGGACUACUGCGGGGAGUCCUGGGGCACCUUUUGCAAAUUCUUCCUCGCCAUGUUUCAGGACAAACCAUGCUAA